GCUAUGGGGCCGGCUAUGGGGCAGGCUAUGGGGCAGCGCUCGGGCUCCGAGGACAACCUGUAUCUGGCCGUGCUGAGAGCGUCCGAAGGCAAGAAAGACGAACGGGAUCGUGUCCAGAAGAAAACAUUCACCAAAUGGGUCAACAAACACCUCAUUAAGGCUCAGCGCCAUGUCAAUGACCUGUACGAGGACCUGCGCGAUGGACACAACCUCAUCUCCCUGCUCGAGGUGCUCUCGGGGGACAAACUGCCGCGCGAGAAGGGUCGGAUGCGUUUCCAUAAGCUCCAGAACGUGCAGAUUGCCCUGAACUACCUGAAGCACCGUCAGGUGAAGCUGGUGAACAUCCGCAACGAUGACAUUGCCGACGGGAACCCCAAACUCACACUGGGGCUCAUAUGGACCAUCAUCCUCCACUUCCAGAUCUCGGACAUCCAGGUCCUGGGUCAGUCGGAGGACAUGACCGCGAAGGAGAAGCUGUUGCUGUGGUCCCAGCACAUGGUCCAGGGGUACCCGGGGCUGCGGUGCGAGAACUUCACCGCCAGUUGGCGCGAUGGACGCCUGUUCAACGCCAUCAUCCACCGGCACAAGCCGAUGCUGAUUGACAUGAGCCGCGUCUACAACCAGAGCAACCUGGAGAACCUGGAACAGGCGUUUUCCAUUGCCGAGCGCGACCUGGGGGUGACGCGGUUGUUGGACCCCGAAGAUGUGGAUGUGCCGCAGCCGGAUGAAAAGUCCAUUAUCACGUAUGUGUCAUCUCUCUAUGAUGCGAUGCCACAAGUGCCACAAGUGCCGCAGGUGCCGGAUGGGGCCAUGGCCGAGGACCUGUCCGUCCGCUGGCAGCUGUACUAUGAGCUGGUGUCGUCUCUGCUGCUCUGGAUGCGCCACAAGAGCCUCGGGUUCGAGGAGCGGAGCCUGCCGGGAGGGUAUGAGGAGGUGGAGCUCCUCUGGCGUCAGUUCCUGCGGUUCAAGGAGUCUGAGCUCCCGGCCAAGGAGGCUGAUAAGAACAGAUCCAAAGUCAUGUUCCAGUCUAUGGAGGCCGCGGUACAUGCUGGUCAGCUGACUGUGCCCCCCGGGUACCACCCCAUGGAUGUGGAGCAGGAAUGGGCAGCUCUGAACACAGCAGUGAUGGAGAGAGAGAAGAGGCUGAGGAUGGAGUGUGAGAGGCUGGAGCGGCUCCAGAGUGUGGUCACGAAGCUGCAGAUGGAGUCAGGUCUGUGUGAGGAGCAGCUCAAUGGGGCAGAUGCUCUUCUGCAGUCGGAGCUGCGGCUGUUGGAGGGGGGUAGGGACCCCCAGAAGGUGUUGGAGGUUGAACGGGACCUGGACAAGGCUGAUGGGAUGAUCCGGACACUGUUUGGGGACGUUCAAUGUCUCAAGGACGGGAGACACCCGCAGGGGGAGCAGAUGUACCGCAGGGUGUACCGGCUCCACGAGCGGUUGGUCUCCAUCCGCACCGAGUACAACCUGCGCCUCAAGUCGGGUGUACCUGCUCCGGUUGUGACCGCGGCACCAUCGGACCCAGCGCUCCGGUACCUGCAGGAGCUGCGGGACUGGGUGAGCGACAAUCGGCGCCGGGUGACAACAGCCGGAUGGGGCAUGGACCAACCAUCAAUCGAGGCUCUGAUUGGCUCUCACCGCGGCAUCGACCGCGACAUCCGAGACUUCGGGGCCAAAGUGCAGAGAGCAAGAGGGGAUGAGGCUCAGCUGCCCCAGAGCUCCCGUGGGGCCUAUAGGGAGAUCCUGAAGCAACUGGAGCAGGAGUAUGGGGAGUUAGUGGACCUGUCCCGUGAGCGGUUGUGUCUCCUGGAGUCCCUCUGGGGGUUGGUGUCUGAGGUGUCCUCGGAGCUGCUCUGGCUGCAGAGGAGGCAGGAGGAGGAAGUGACCUUUGACUGGAGCCAGCGAGGACCUGACCUGGGGGCCAAGCAGGAGCAGUACUCGGCGCUGAUGCAGGAGCUGGAGCUCCGCGAGAAGCACAUUCAGCAGCUGCAGAACCAAGGACAGGAACUGAUGAGACAGAAACAUCCGGCUCAGGACACCAUUGAGUCCUUCCUUGCUGCUCUUCGCACCCAAUGGACUUGGCUGCUCCAGUUGUGCUGCUGUGUCGAGACCCAUCUGAGGGAGAACGGAGCCUAUCACCUGUUCUUCAAGGAGGUGAAUGAGCUUCAGCAGCAGCUUCGGGACCUGAGGGAACUUAUGGGGCAGAAGCUCAAGUGUGACCUAGAGCAAAGCCCUGAUCAUGUGGAGGACGUCCUACAGCACAGCAACGAGCUGCAGGAGCAGCUGCAGGAUGUGGGGCAGCAGAUCCAGGCUCUCUCCUCUCGCGCCAAUACCAUAGUGCAGCUGAAGCCGCGCGCAGCUGGGGACCCACAGCGAGACCCACUGCGGCUGCGGGCAGUGUGUGACUACAGGCAGCUGCAGGUCACUCUGCUCAAGCAGGACACUUGUACUCUGCUCAGCAAGUCUCAGCCCCACAAGUGGAAGGUUCUGAUCAAUGGGGCAGAGGCCGAAGUCCCCAGUGUCUGUUUCACCAUCCUGCCCCCCAACCCCGAGGCCCUGGAGGCCGUCAGGAGGUUGGCCGCAGAGCACCAGGACCUGCAGCAGCUCUGGCACCGGCAGCACCAGGAGCUCAGGAGCCUCCAGGUCUGGCACAGCCUGAACCAGAGCAUGGAGCAGAUCCUGGCCUGGAGCCCGGACACGUUCCAGCCUCACCAGUGCCACCAGCAGCUCCAGCUCUCCCAGCAUCAGCUCCAGACCUUCCUCCAGUUGAGCCUCAACAGCCAAAGCUUCAGCCCAGACCAGAGGCUCCGGAUGCGGCUCCAGUUCCAGGCCUGUGCCCAGCACCAUGAGCGCCUGCGCAGCGGGAGGGAGGCAGGCGAGCAGGAUGAGUCCCGUUGCCAGCAGCUCCUGUCCCAGCUGCAGGAGCUGAGCAGGGACCUGGACCAGUUUGAGACCAGCACCAACCAGAGCCUGAGGCUGCCAAUGGAGCAGGAGCCUGAGGCUGAGUGUGAGCAGCGCAUCUCACAGCUGCAGCAAACCCAUAAGCAGCUGGAUGGGCUCCGGCAGCGCUUGGCACUGGUGGUGGAUGAGGCUCAGCCAGUGCUGGCACUGGAGCAGUCACCAGUAUCUGCACCAGUACUGAGGAGCCAACUGGAGCUGACCCAGCAGCGCAUGGAGCAGGUCCUGAGCCUCUCCAGUAUCUACAUGGAGAAACUGAAGACCCUGCAGCUGGUGGUUCAUGGCACCCAUAGAGCCGAGCAGCUGAUCCAGGUGUAUGAGCAGCAGCUCAAGGAUGUGCAGGUGGUGCCAUCGGAGCUGCCGGCGCUGGAGGCUACACAGGCGGAACUGCAGCGCCUGCAGGCAGAGGCCGAGAGCCACCAACCCCUAUUCACCAGCCUGGAGUCCGACCUCGGCAAAGCCAAAGACGCCAGUGAGCGGAUGCUUGAGGGGCAGGCGGAGCUGGAGCGGCAGCGGCUGCGGGCGCGGCAGGUGCUGGAGCGCUGGCGCUGGCUCCUGGCACAGGCUGAGCUCCGGCACCGGGACCUGCAGCAGCUGAGCCUGCGGCUCCGGCGCUACCGCGACAGCUGCGCCCGGAUGCGGCUCUGGCUGCAGGAGGCCAGGAACAGGCAGGAGGAGAUCCAGGAGCUGCCGGUUGGGGAGGUCACUGCAGCCAGGGAGGUGCUGAGGAGGGAGAAGGAGCUGCUGGAGGAAUGCGAGCGCCACAAGGAGCAGGUUGAUGAGUGCCAGCUCCAUGCCAAGCAGUACAUUGAUGCCAUAAAGGACUAUGAGCUGCAGCUCGUGAGCUUCCAGGCGCAGGUGGAGCCUUUGGCAUCACCGGCCAAGAAAGCCAAAGUGCAGUCGGCUUCUGACAGCGUCAUCCAGGAGUACGUGGACCUGCGCACUCAGUACAGUGAACUCACCACCCUCACCAGCCAGUACAUCCGGUUCAUCACCGACAGCCUGCGGCGCAUGGAGCACGAGGAGAAAGCAGCCGAGAAGCUGAAGGAGGAGGAGAGGAAACGUUUGGCAGAGGUGGAGGCUGAGCUGGAGAGGCAGCGGCAGCUGGCAGAGGCUCACGCCAAAGCCAAGGCGCAGGCGGAGGCCGAGGCGCAGGAGCUGCAGAGCCGCAUGCGGGAGGAGGUGUCGAGGCGCGAGGCUGUGGCCGUGGACGCGGAGCAGCAGAAGCAGAACAUCCACCAGGAGCUGCUGCAGCUGCGCCAGAACUCGGACCUCCAAAUGGAGGCCAAGGAGAAGCUGAUCGAGGAGGCCGAGUCCAACCGCAGGAAGGUGGAGGAGGAGAUCCGGCUGAUCCGGCGGCAGCUGGAGGGCACCGAGCGGCAGCGCCGGGAGGCCGAGGCCGAGCUGGGGGAGCUGCGGGCGCGCGCCGAGGAGGCCGAGCGGCAGCGGAGGCAGGCGCAGGACGAGGCCGAGCGCCUGCGGAGGCAGGUGAAGGAGGAGAGGCAGCGGAAGCGCGAGGCCGAGGAGGAGCUGGCGCGGAAGGUGUGCGCCGAGCGCGAGGCCGCGCGCCAGAAGCAGGAGGCGAGGACGGCGCUGGAGGCGCUGAGGCUGCAGGCGGAGGAGGCCGAGCGGAGGCUGCGCGAGGCCGAGGCCGAGAAGGAGAGGCAGAUCCUGGUGGCGCAGGAGGCGGCUCAGCGCAGCGCCGAGGCCACCGCGGUGGAGCAGACGGCGGCGCUGGAGCUGUCGCUGCGCCGCGAACACGGAGCCGUGGAGCAGCUGCGGGAGGAGGCAGAGAGGCUGACGCGGAGGCAGCGCGAGGCCGAGGACGCGCGGGAGGAGGCGGAGAAGGAGCUGGAGCGAUGGAGGCAGAAGGCGAACGAGGCCCUGAGGCUGCGGCUGCAGGCGGAGGAGGUGGCGCAGCAGAAGGCGCUGGCGCAGGAGGAGGCCGAGAGGCAGAAGGAGGACGCGGAACGUGAGGCUCGGAAGUGCGCCAAGGCCGAGCAGGAGGCUCUGAGGCAGAAGGAGGCUGCCGAGGACGAGCUGCAGAGGCAGCGGCAGCUGGCGGAGGACACGGCCCAGCAGAAGCUGUCGGCGGAGCAGGAGCUGAUCCGGCUGAAGGCCGAUAUGGACAACGCGGAGCAGCAGAGGCUGCUGCUGGAGGAGGAGCAGACGCGGCUCAAGGAGGAGGUGAGCGAGGCCAUCGGGAAGAGGAAGGAGGUGGAGGAGGAGUUGGCCAAGAUGAGGGCGGAGAUGGAGGUGCUGCUGCAGAGUAAGGCUCGAGCCGAGGAGGAGUCGAGGUCCAGCAGCGAGAAGUCCAAGCAGAGGCUGGAGGCCGAGGCCGAGAAGCUGCGGGAGCUGGCGGAGGAGGCGGCGAGGCUGCGGGCGCUGUCCGAGGAGGCCAAGCGGCAGCGGCAGCUGGCGGAGGACGAGGCCGCGCGGCAGCGAGGCGAGGCCGAGCGCAUCCUCAAGGAGAAGCUGGCGGCCAUCAACGAGGCCUCGAGGCUGAAGGCGGAGGCGGAGAUGGCUCUGAAGGAGAAGGAGGCCGAGAACGAGCGGCUGCGGCGGCUGGCGGAGGAUGAGAUGUACCAACGGAGGCUGCUGGAGGAGGCGGCAGAGCAGCACAAACAGGACAUCGAGGAGAGGAUCGAGCAGCUCAAGCGCAGCUCCGAGAGUGAACUGGAGAGGCAGAAGGCGCUGGUGGAGGACACGCGGAGGCAGCGGCGGCAGGUGGAGGAUGAGAUCCGCGCGCUCAAGGCCGGGUUUGAACGAGCCUCCGCCGGUAAGGCCGAGCUGGAGCGGGAGCUGAGCCGCAUCCGAGGCGAGGCCGAGGAGGCUCAACGCAGCCGCGAGCAGGCGCAGAGGGAGGCCGAGCGGCAGCGGGCGCUGGCGCUGCAGGAGGAAGGCCGGAGGCGCGAGGCCGAGGACAAGCUGCAGGACAUGGUGGCCGCGGAGGAGGAGGCCGCGCGGCAGCGGCGCCUGGCGCUGGAGGAGGUGGAGAGGCUCCGAGCCGCGGUGGAGGACGCGCGGAGGCAGAAGGAGGCGGCAGAGAGGGAGGCCGAGCGGCAGCUGCGGCUGGCGCGGGAGGCGGCACAGAAGCGAGUCGAGGCUGAGGACAUGGCGCGCGAGGCCGCGGCGCAGGAGCAGGAGCGGCAGCAGGAGAGGCAGCAGGAGCAGAGCCUGGCGGAGAGGCUGCGGCUCGAGGCCGAGCGCGCGCGCCGGGCGGCAGAGGAGGCCGAGCAGGAGCGAGGCCGCGCCGAGAGGGACGCGGCUCUGUCGAGGCAGCGCGUGGAGGAGGCCGAGAGGCUGAAGCUGCGCGCCGAGGAGGAGGCCGCGGCAGCCGCCAGGGCGCAGGAGGAGGCCGAGGCUCUGCGCAAGGAGGCCGAGGUGGAGGCCGCGCGGCGCGCCAGGGCCGAGGAGGCCGCGCUGAGGCACAAGGAAGUCGCUGAUGCUGAGAUGGAGAAGCACAAGAAGUUCGCGGAGCAGACGCUGAGGCAGAAGGCUCAGGUGGAGAAGGAACUGACCUCGGUGAGGCUGAGGCUGGACGAGACCGACCGGCAGAAGGACAUCCUGGAGGAGGAGCUGCAGAGGCUGAAGGAGGAGGCCGGUGAGGCCGCGCGGCAGAAGGCGCUGGUGGAGGAGGAGCUGCUCAAGGUGCGGGUGCAGCUGGAGGAGCUGGUGAGGCUCAAGAGCCGCAUCGAGGAGGAGAACAAGGCUCUGAUCCUCAAGGACAAGGACAACACCCAGAAGCUGCUGGCGGAGGAGGCCGAGAAGAUGAGGCUGGUGGCCGAGGAGGUGGCGAGGCUGAGCGUGGAGGCUCAGGAGGCCGCGCGCAUGCGGCAGCUGGCCGAGGAUGACCUGGCGCAACAACGGGCGCUGGCCGAGAGGAUGCUGAAGGAGAAGAUGCAGGCGGUGCAGGAGGCCUCGAGGCUCAAGGCUGAGGCUGAGAUGCUGCAGAAGCAGAAGGAGCUGGCGCAGGAAAGAGCCAAGCGGCUGCAGGAGGACAAGGAGCAGAUGCAGCAGAGAUUGGCCGAGGAGACCGAAGGCUUCCAGAGGACUCUAGAGGCCGAGCGCAGGAGGCAGAUGGAGAUGGUGGCCGAGGCCGAGAGCCUCAAAGUGCACGUGGCCGAGAUGAGUCUGGCUCAAGCCAAGGCUGAGGACGAGGCCAAGAGGUUCAAGAAGCAGGUGGAGGAGAUCAGUGAGCGGCUGCACCAAACCGAGCUGGCCACGCAGGAGAAGAUGGUUCUGGUGCAGAGCCUGGAGACCCAGAGGCUCCGGAGCGACCAGGACGCCGAGAGGCUGCGUUGUGCCAUAGCCGACCUGGAGCAGGAGAAGGAGAGGCUGAAGGAGGAGGCGAAGGAGCUGCAGCGGAAGGCAGAGGAGAUGCAUGUGGCGCAACAGGCGCAGCUCCAACAGGAGACGCAGCUCCUGCAGCAUCAGUUCCUGACCGAGAAGGAUGAGUUGAUGCAGAAGGAGAAGCUGAUAGAGGAGGAGAAGCUGAAGCUGGAGAAGCUCUUCAGGGAGGAGGUGGCCAAAGCCGAGAGCCUGAAGCUGGAGCAGGAGCAGCAGCAGAAGGAGAUGGAGCAGGAGAGGCUGCACCUGAAGGCUCUGCUGGAUGAGGCCAUGAGGCAGCAGAGGGAGGCCGAGGACAACGUGAGGCACAAGCAGGAGGAGCUGCAGCAGCUGCAGAGGCAGCGGCAGCACCAGGAGAAGCUUCUGGAAGAGGAGAACCGGAGGCUGCGCGACCGCUUGGAGCAGAUGCAGGAGGAGUAUAAAGCAGCUUUGGCACAGACACGAGAGAUCAUGAUCCAGACGGAUGAUGUGCCCAUAGAGGCUGUGGUUGCUGUGGCACAACCGCACGUCCACGGUGUGCCCAACGGCAAGGACGUGGUGGAUGCCAUAGAGCACAAUGGUGAGCCCGAGUUGGCCUUCGAUGGCAUCCGGCAGAAGGUGCCUGCAGGGAAGCUGGUGGAUGCCGGAGUCCUGAGCCCGGAGAGCCUGGAGCAGCUGGUGAAGGGUCUGGUGAGUGUGGCAGAGCUGGCACAGAGGGAUGAGCUCCGGCGCUACCUGCGCGGCCACAGCAGCAUCGCCGGCUUGGUCAUCAAACCCACCAAUGAGAGGAUGAGCAUCUAUGAGGCCAUGAAGCAGAAGAUGCUGAGUCCGAGCUUGGCACUGGUGCUACUGGAGGCUCAAGCAGCCUCCGGGUUCAUCAUGGACCCGGUGAGGAACAUGAGGCUGUCGGUGAGUGAGGCCGUACGAGAGGGAAUCAUUGGCCCUGAGCUGCACCAUAAGAUGCUGGCGGCCGAGAGAGCUGUAACCGGAUACAAGGACCCCUACACCGGCGACCGCAUCUCCCUGUUCCAGGCCAUGCAGAAGGGGCUGAUUGACAAGGACCACGGCAUCCGGUUGUUGGAGGCUCAGAUCGCCACCGGCGGCAUCAUCGACCCCAUCAACAGUCACCGCAUCCCCAUUGAGGUUGCCUAUGAGCGCGGGUACCUCGAUGAGGAGAUGAACCGGAUCCUGUCCGACCCCAAUGAUGACACCAAGGGCUUCAUUGACCCCAACACACAGGAGAACCUGACCUACACCCAGCUCAUGGGUCGGUGUGUGACCGACCCCGAGACCGGCCUCUGCCUCCUGCCCCUCACUGACCAGGCAACCAAAGCCUCAGAGAUGCUCUACACCGAGCAGGAAGCCAAAGACGUGUUCAAGAAGGCCACGGUGACCCCACCGGUUGGCACCUUCCAAGGCAGGACAGUGACCAUCUGGGAGAUCAUCAACUCGGAACACUUCACCGAGGACCAGAGACGGGACCUGAUCCACCAGUACCGCACCGGGAGGAUCACGGUGGAGAAGAUCAUCAGGAUCAUCAUCACGGUUGUGGAGGAAGGCGAGAGGAAGACUCAGAUGUGCUUCGAUGGCCUCCGGGCGCCGGUACCGGCCGCGGAGCUGCUGGAGAGCAAAGUCAUCACCAAAGACAUCUACAAUGAGCUGCAGAAGGGCAAGAAGACGGUGAAGGAUGUGGUGGAGAUGGAGCCCGUGCGGCAGUACCUGAAGGGAACCGGUGUCAUUGCCGGGGUGUUGGUGGAGUCAACCGGACAGAAGUUCACCUUCUAUGAUGCCCUGAAGAGGAACCUGUUGAAGCCGGAGGUGGCCGUGGCCAUGCUGGAGGCACAGGCAGCAACCGGCUACAUCAUAGACCCGGUGAGGAACACCCUGUUCUCGGUGGAUGAGGCAGUGAAGGCUGAGGUGGUGGGACCGGAGCUGCACCAGAAGCUGUUGUCGGCAGAGAAGGCAGUCACCGGAUACAAGGACCCCUACACGGGUCAGACGGUUUCCCUGUUCCAGGCGCUGAAGAAAGGCCUCAUUCCCGGUGACACCGGCGUGCGGUUGUUGGAUGUACAGCUCUCCACCGGCGGUAUCAUCGACCCCGUCCACAGCCAUCGGCUGCCGCUCGACGUCGCCUACAAACGGGGGUACUUUGAGCCGGAGAUGAACGAGGCCAUGGCCGAGCUCCGCGAUGAGGCCAAGGGUUUCUAUUGCCCCAACACCCAGGAACACCUCAGCUACAGCCAGAUGCAGAAGAGCUGUCGCCGCGACAAGCAGACCGGGUUGUACCUGCUGCCGCUGUCUGAUGCAGCCAUUCAGGCGCAGCAGGAGGAGGUGUACUCAGACAGCCAGGCCAAGGAGUGCUUCACCAAGACAACCGUGGAGGUGCCGGUGGGCACCAUGAAGGGCCAGACCAUGACCAUAUGGGAGCUGAUCCACUCGGAGUACUUCACCGAGGAGCACAGGCGGGAGCUGCUCCGGCAGUACAAGACCGGUAAGGUGACCAUAGAGAAGAUCAUCAAGAUCAUCAUCACCAUCAUCGAGGAGGCCGAGGCCAAGAAGCAGGAGAGGCUGACGUUCAGUGGGCUCCGCGCUCCUGUUCCGGCCGGUGAGCUGGUGGAGUCCAACAUCCUCACCAAAACCCAGUACCAACAACUGAAGGAGGGCAAGAAGACGGUGAAGGACUUCUCGGACACGGAGGCAGUGAGAAGGUUCCUGCAUGGCAGCGACUGUAUUGCUGGUGUCUAUGUGGAGGCCACCAAGGAGAAGCUCAACCUCUAUGAGGCCAUGAAGAGGAACCUGCUGCAGCGCGGUACAGCCGUGGUCCUCCUGGAGGCACAGGCGGCCACCGGCUUCCUCAUCGAUGCCGUCAAGAACCGUAAGCUCUAUGUCAAUGAGGCCGUCAAGGCUGGUGUGGUGGGACCGGAGCUGCACGAGAAGCUGUUGUCAGCCGAGAAGGCUGUAACCGGAUACAAGGACCCCUAUUCAGGCAACACCAUCUCCCUGUUCCAGGCCAUGCAGAAGGGGCUCAUUGCCAAGGCUCACGGCGUCCGACUGUUGGAGGCUCAGAUCGCCACCGGCGGCAUCAUCGACCCCGUGCACAGCCACCGCCUGCCCAUUGAGGUCGCCUACAAGCGCGGGUACCUCGAUGAGGAGAUGAACCGGACCCUGUCCGACCCCAAUGAUGACACCAAAGGCUUCAUUGACCCCAAUACACAGGAGAACCUGACCUACACGCAGCUGAAGGAGAAGUGCAUCGAGGACCCUGAGACCGGCCUCUACCUCCUGCCGCUGCGGGAGGCAGAGAGGCCGGCGGUGGUGGAGGCCACUCAGGUGUACACCGAGGCCGAGACGAGGAAGGUGUUCGAGGAGACGCAGGUGGACAUCCCUGUGGGCAGCCGAGCGGGUUCAUCCAUGUCCCUAUGGGAGAUCAUGCAGUCGGACCUGCUGCCCGAGGAGCAGCGGAGGCAGCUGAUGGAGGAGUUCAGGUCCGGCCGCGUGUCCAAGGAGAGGAUGAUCAUCAUCAUCAUCGAGAUCAUCGAGAAGACUGAGAUCAUCAGGCAGCAGAACCUGACGUCCUAUGACCACAUCCGACGCCGAAUCACAGCCGAGGAGCUCUACGAGGCCAAGAUCAUCACCCAGGACAUCUACAACCUGCUCAAGGAGGGAUCCAAGAGCUUCCGCGAGCUCCUGGAGGUGGAGACCGUCUGGAAGUACCUGUAUGGGUCGGGUUGUGUGGCCGGGAUCUACCUCCCGUCCUCCAAGCAGAAGCUCAGCAUCUACCAGGCGCUGAAGAAGGGUUUGAUCAGCUCCGAGGUGGCAAGAUCCCUCCUGGAGGCUCAGGCUGCAACCGGCUUCAUGAUAGACCCCAUAAAGAACGAGAUGCUGACCGUGGAUGAGGCCGUCAGGAAAGGGGUCGUGGGGCCGGAGAUCCACGACCGGCUCCUGUCAGCCGAGAGGGCUGUAACCGGAUACAGAGACCCCUACAGCGAGCAGAAGAUCUCCAUCUUCCAGGCCAUGAAGAAGGAGCUCAUCCCCAGCGAGGAGGCUCUCAAGCUCCUGGAUGCUCAGAUCGCCACCGGUGGUGUCAUUGACCCACACUUGGGCUUCCAUAUACCCCUGGAUGUGGCAAUUCAACGCGGCCUCAUCACCAGGGACACCUAUGACAUGAUGUCCGAGCCCAGUGAGGUUCGCAGCUUCCUGGACCCCAGCACAGAGGACAGGCUGAGCUACAGGCAGCUGCUGAAGAGGUGUCACCGCGACGAGGGCACCGGAGUCCUGCUGCUGCCGCUGGGUGACGCACCGAACCUCACCUUCCGCGGCCUCCGCAAGCAGAUCACGGUGGAGGAGCUGGUGAGGUCGCAGGUGAUGGACGAGGCCACCGCGCGGCGGCUGCGCGACGGCCUCGCCUCCGUCGAGGAGGUCACCCAGCACCUGAAGAAGUUCCUGGAAGGCACCAGCUGCAUUGCCGGCGUCCUCGUGGACUCCACCAAGGAGAGGCUCUCGGUGUACCAGGCCAUGAAGAAAGGCAUCAUCCGUCCCGGCACCGCCUUCGAGCUCCUGGAGGCUCAAGCAGCCACCGGCUACGUCAUUGACCCCAUCAAGGGGCUGAAGCUGACGGUGGAGGAGGCCGUGCGCAUGGGCAUCGUGGGGCCCGAGUUCAAGGACAAGCUGCUGUCUGCCGAGAGAGCCGUCACCGGAUACCGCGACCCCUACACCGGGAAGCUCAUCUCCCUGUUCCAGGCCAUGAAGAAGGGGCUGAUCCUCAAGGACCACGGAAUCCGCCUGUUGGAGGCUCAGAUCGCCACCGGCGGCAUCAUUGACCCCGAGGAGAGUCACCGUCUGCCCGUGGAGGUGGCCUACAAGAGGGGUCUGUUUGACGAGGAGAUGAAUGAGAUCCUGUCCGACCCCAGUGAUGACACCAAAGGUUUCUUCGACCCCAACACGGAGGAGAACCUGACUUACCUACAGCUCAUGGAUCGGUGUGUGACCGACCCUGAGACCGGCCUCUGCCUCCUGCCCCUCAAGGAGAAGAAGAGGGAGAGGAAGACGUCGUCCAAGUCGUCCGUCCGCAAGCGCAGGGUGGUCAUCGUGGACCCCGAGACGGGCAAGGAGAUGUCAGUGUAUGAGGCUUACCGCAAGGGGCUCAUUGACCACCAGACCUACCUGGAGCUGUCGGAGCAGGAGUGUGAAUGGGAGGAGAUCACCACAUCCUCCUCCGAUGGUGUGGUCAAGUCCAUGAUCAUCGACCGGCGCUCGGGGCGUCAGUAUGACAUCGAUGACGCCAUCGGCAAGGGGCUGAUCGACCAGUCGGCGCUGGACCAGUACCGCGCCGGCACACUCUCCAUCACCGAGUUCGCCGAUAUGCUCUCCGGUAACAUGAGCGGCUUCCGCUCGCGGUCAUCCUCCGUGGGCUCCUCCUCCUCCUAUGGCGUCAGCCCCACACCGGUGAGGACACCGGUAACCAUGUGGACAGACCCCACCGAAGAGACGGGGCCGGUUGCCGGCAUCCUGGACACCGACACCCUGGAGAAGGUGUCCAUCACCGAAGCCAUGCGCCGCAACCUGGUGGACAACAUCACCGGGCAGCGGCUGCUGGAGGCUCAGGCCUGCACCGGCGGCAUCAUCGACCCCGUCACCGGCGACAAGUGCACCGUGGCCGACGCCGUCACCAAGGGCCUGGUGGACAAGAUCAUGGUUGACCGCAUCAACCUGGCGCAAAAGGCGUUUUACGGCUUCGAGGACCCGCGCACCAAGACCAAGAUGUCGGCGGCUCAGGCGCUCAAGAAGGGUUGGCUCUAUUAUGAGGCCGGGCAGAGGUUCCUGGAGGUUCAGUACCUGACCGGAGGCCUGAUCGAGCCGGAUGCCGCCGGGCGCGUGUCGCUGGAUGUGGCGCUGCAGAAGGGAACCAUUGACGCCCGUACGGCACAGAAGCUCCGCGACGUCAACACCUACUCCAAGUACCUCACCUGCCCCAAGACCAAGCUCAAGAUCUCCUACAAGGAUGCCAUGGACAGGAGUAUGGUGGAGGACGGCACCGGUUUGCGCCUGUUGGAGGCCUCCUCCCAGUCCAGCAAAGGGUAUUACAGCCCUUACAACGUCAGCAGCGCCGGCUCCGCGUCCGGCUCCCGCACCGGAUCCCGCACCGGAUCCCGCUCCGGCUCCCGGCGCGGCAGCUUCGACGCCACCGGAUCCGGCUUCUCCAUGACCUUCUCUUCCUCCUCAUACUCCUCCUCGAGCUUCGGGCGCAGAUACACUGUGGGUGCCACAGAGGCUGCGGUUUGGUGCUGUGGGAUGGAUGCCGGCACCGAGCACACCGCGGUGCACCGGCUGCCACCACCGCGCGUGGCCUGAGCCACCGGCCCCUGCGUGAGGAACCUGCUGCCGCUCGCUCCGCAUGUGGCAAAGCUGCUGCUGCUCCAUAGGACUGAUCUGCUGUUACUGGUUGAAUGUGGUGAUGACCUUGCCGAAGCCUUAACCAAAACUAACCCGGUGUGGUCCAGGGGGUGUGUGUGUUGAAAGGGGAAUCAGCCGGCGCAUGGCUGCAAACAGGCGACUCAACAUAGGAAAACCCAUAGGAAAACACAUAGGAAACCACCAGAAAACCACCAGGAAACUACCAGGAAACCCAUAGGAAAACACCAGAAAACCCAUAGGAAAACACCAGGAAAACACCAGGAAAACACCAGAAAACCACCAAGAAACCAGGAAAACUGUUUCUAUCUUUUGGAUCUAACCACUUAGAGACUCUUUUAUAACUAACUCGCUGCUUCAUCCUGCUCCCCAAGGAGGAGACGACCCUAUAGCCACGGCUGUGCUGGCGCAAGGAGGAGGUCACUGCCAGCACCAUGCACCUGACACCAAACAAGCACCGGAGCCAAUGCUCUGCCAUAGCCCCAGCAUGACCGCGGCACCACCGUAAGUGCCACAGCACCAGUGGUCCCAGUAUGCUCCAGUGCUUCACCCGCCAGGACCCGCCGCCUCCGCCAGCCUAUGGCCACCGCUUCGGCUCCGGCACCGCAACCGGUUCCAAUGGGAGCUGCCGCCGCCGCCGCCUGCUGCCCGUGUAUAUGGGAUGUGCUUCAUGCAAUGAUGCUAAUGCAGCUUUAAUGAGUUACCAAGGACUUAAGAAGGACUUAGCAAGGAAUUACUAACCAGGAAUGAGUUGGCAUCUGCCAGAGCCGGUGCCGGACUCGGUGAUGCCAAACUCAACCCGGCUCCAUGCGCGGUUCAUGCACCGCGUCACCCUCACCGCGGGGGUUCAUUGAGGGGUGUGGAGGCCAUAGGACCCCACAACAUGGGGGGUGGUGGUCACCACCGCGCUCCGUGUUGGGGAUGCCGCGGUCCUGUUACCCUGGUGGCGGUUACCGGUGCCGGUGCCGCGGUAACAGCCUCUCUCUCCGGCAGACGUCUGUCCCCACUGGGGUCAUUGUGGCACCGCUGGGAGAGCUCCUCACAUGGGUCUCUGGUGUCGGCAACACACGGACGGGCUCGAGGGGACGUUGGGAUGCGGUGACGGCUCCGCCGCGCUCACCGGCACAGUGUGCGGAUGUUCAUCCCAACCCCCUCACCGGAGCCCCAGAGCCGGCACCAGGCUGAGGACACCGGGAGCGGUGCUGGUGCUGCCGGGGCACCUCUGCCGGCCCCGGUGAUGCCAUUACCACUUCUCCUCCUUCCGCUGCUCCCAUUGCCACGUGUCUGUCCUUCCUCCGCAUCCCUUAUUAACAUGAUGAUGAUGAUGAUGAUGA